AGUGAUUGGAGGACAGUGCAGCAUAUGGCUUAUCCACAGCAACGCCCUGCCCCUGUCUGCCAUAUGCCUAUCCCUAAUGGACAAAACGAUUCCGAGCUUGGCGGAAAGAUCACACCGGAGAUAUGGGAUAACAUAUUAUCACAAAUCCAGUUGCUGGUUGAGAAUAAUGAAAAACUACGUGAAACUCUAAAAGCCAACAAUAAUGAGAUAUCAAGUCUACUGGCAAGCAAAGAAGAGCUCCAACACGCAAAAGAAUCAUUAGAGAAUGAAAAUAGUGAUAUGGACAAAUAUUUUCAGGAAAUGUCAAAAGAAGUUUCAUUGCUGACAAAAGAUAUUGGAAAUAAGAGAGAAGAAAUAAGAUACCAGCAAACACUGAUUGACCAAUUAGCUAAAGAGAGAGAUGAUGCAGUGAGUAAAAUAAGAAUAAUACCUACAUGGUUCCAACCUAUAAGUAUAAAGUACUAUUAUAGGUUGGAGCAAACAAUCACAGACCAGCAAGAAAAAAUAGCAGUAUUGGAAGAUAAACUUAUUAAGGUUCAGUCUGAUGUAGCUGAUGAGAUAGAAACGAAACAAGCGAUUAAUAAUUUAACAAAAGAGAUGGAGUCGUUGAAGGAGCAGUUAACCAGUGCAGGACUAGCUAGCAAUGAUGAAGUGACAGCUCUUAAAGAAGAAAGGAACAAAUUGUCACAAGAGAAAGAUGAAGCUGUGGCAGAAAAGGAUAGACUCCUACAGGAUAAAGAUAGAUUACUACAAGAGAAAGACAGAUUUUUAAAUGAAAAAGAUAAGCUUGUACAAGAAAGAGAUAAAACAUCAAAGGAAAAUGAGCAAUUAAAGAAUCAGCUGUCUAUUGCAAAAGAUGAUAUCACUCACUUGGAGUCUGAAAGAGGAAACUUAUUGACUCAAUUGCAGAAUGAGAAAGAAAGAGUUCAUGAGUUAAAUGUACAACUUGAUCAGACAAAGAAGCAACUGCAACAAGCAAAAGCAGAGGCUGUGAAAGAGAUGAAACGUCAAAAGGCUCAUAUUUUACAAUUAUUAAAAGAAAAGGAUGAAGCUGUCAGUAAAGCAGCUAUAUAUGCUGAAGAGAGGGACAGUGCAGCAGCUGAAUAUCAGAAGAAAGAGAAUCAAGCAGAACACUGGAAAAUACAAUUCGAAGUUGCUAGAGAAGAUUUUAAUUCUGAAAGAAAAGCGAGAGAGAAGGAGAUAAAAGCUGUUGAUGCCUUGAGAAACAAUCGAGAGAGUCUUCAAAAACAAAUUGAUGACUUGAAGGAUAAAGUCACUCUCCAGAAGCGGACCAUAGCCAACCUUGAGGACAGACUGAGCAAACAUGAACCUGUAAAUAGGACGCCCCUUGUACCAAUGGACCGUGGACCUGGGCCUAUGGACCGUAAUCCUGGACUGAGACAUAUGAAUUGUGGACCUAGACCGAUGGACUGCAGACCUAGACCGAUGGACCGUGGACCUGGACCGAUGGACUGUGGACCUAGACCAAUGGACCGUGGACCUAGACCUAUGGACCAUGGACCACCUAUGGACCAUGGACCACCUAUGGACCGUGGCAUGGGCCGUAGAUUUAGACCUAUGGACCGUAGACCUGUGGAUUGUGGUCCUUUACCUUAUGUGGAUUUUACACCAUUGCCAAAGCCACCAAAAAGGGUGGCAGAAAAGUCACCAAAGCAUGAAGAAUAACAGAUUCACUAACUUUGCUUUGUCAACUUGUAUUCAUAAUUAAUUUUAAUGCA